GCUCCAGUGACACUGACUCAAUCUCGGCUGACCGCCUCAACUUUGCUCUGAUGAUCUUCGAAGGCCAAACGGCCUUGCAUCGCGAAAAAACCCACAGCAGCUGGCCUAUUGCGUCACAGACAAUCCUCUCCUAAUCCGACACACGCAAGUCGACUGGUUCGUAGGUUCCUUUCACAGCCGUCUCCCUAGACUUUGCCAGACCCGAAUCAUGGUCGUAUUCUGAUAGUUUGUCAGUUUGUCUGUCUUACACUUCUUUCAGGACUUCUCUCAUAUUUGCUGACGACCCCAUUUCACCACUGAUUAACACCUUUUGGAACAUUGCAGAUCUGGCACUGAACGAGUCAGCAUGACAGACGCUCGCUCGACAGGCAUCAGCAUUGGUGGCUUCACUAAGAUACCGAUCAACGCGGAUCAAUCCGAGUAUUACGAAGAGCUUCGGCAAGCAUGUGAGAAGCUAUCUCAGCAUCCAGAGAUCCAAAGAGUUUUACGGGGCACGCUAGACGGCGAUACCGCAGAUUCCGCCCCAAAGACAGACACGAUUCCUGGUUGGACAACCGCAGCGGGAGCAGACGAUAUCCCAACAUACGUCUUAGACGGGUACCGGAAUAAUCUUGAAAUAGCGGGCACGCUGCGUGCUACCGGCCAAGCAGUCGACCUCGACGAUGAGUCUUCUUCGGAGACCAGCAACGCGGAUACAUGGGCUCGGGUCAGAACCAGUGACUUUCUGAAGGCGUACAGUCACUUUCACUUAUUGGGUUUGAAACAAGAGCCUAGACCAGACUGGGAGAACUUUUUGCGUUCAUUAAACGCACAGCCUCAGACGGAUUCUGCGGAAGACCGUACAGGACAAGAUGGUUCGAAUGAUGAAACCGGCAAGCAACCUUCAGUGCCCACGCGCGUAUUCGACGAAAGCACUAGACUUCAAAUGGAGCGACUACAGAAGGAUUUCAUGGACAUCGAGACUGGCUUGAAUCAAAGUGCCAGUCUUCGAAGUCAGGUCGAACUUCGAGGCACUCUGGAGCAGAGUGCAAGGCGGAUCAACCUUCUGCUCGCUGCAUGUUCCGUAGGCACAAUUGUUGCCCUUGUGACUGCAGCGCUCUCAAACCAAUCCAAUUAGUCCGGUCCCGUAGAGGGCUGAGACGCCUAUGCGAAGCGUCCGAAUCGCAGGCGUCGAGCACUGAAACGGAAGCAGUCAGGACCGGCCGGCGCUCAUGAUUAC